UGGAGAACAAUGCAGCUCAGAUGACUUUGUGGAGAUAAUGACAAAUUAUGGUUUAUGCUACACAUUCGUACCACCACCGAAUAAAACCCUCAUCAACGAUAUUGGAUAUACAUACGGUUUGAGUUUAAUUUUGAACGUCGAAGUGCAGGAAUAUUACGCCGCACCAAGAGAAAAUGUUGGAUUUCGAAUAUAUGUGGCAAAUGAAAAUGAAAUUCCAGAUUUGCAGGCAUCUGGAAUCGAUGUGUCACCGGGAGCGCAAACGAAAAUAGCAAUUCGGAAAUCAGAGAUAACCAGUUUACCAUUUCCGUACAGUGAUUGCAUCAAAGCGGGCGCUGAAAAUCUGAAGUAUCUUAGCGAACCAUACACACACAAUAAAUGUAUAAUCGAAUGUGAAUCGGAAUUUGUCACCCAACAUUGCUCAUGUAGAAUGUAUCACUCUCCCGGAGACGGCAGCAUUCCAUUUUGUUCACCAAAACAAAUAAAUGAGUGCAUCCACUCAACUACCAGACAAUUUUUAUCAAUGAGGAAUCAGAUAUGUACUUGUCCCGAAGAAUGUGCAAAAGAGGAGUACAGUACAUCGAUGUCCUUUAGUGUCUUUCCUUCGAAGGGCAUUGCAAAUAUACUUCAAUCGUCCGGCCAAUUAAAUAUUACUGCACAGGCACUUGGAUACUAUAUUGGGCUAUACUCUACAUACAAGAUAUUUGAAGAGAAAGGAAGGGCCGAAGUUAAUGAUUAUUUGGCAAAUUUCACAUCGGACUUUCUUGCCAGAAUUAGGCCCCGGAUGCCAGUCAACCAGACGUUUGUCUUAUCACAUUGUGGUCCUUUGAUAUCCAGUUUAUAUACGAUUGCAUACAGCAUCAAGUAUAAAUUGACCACAUAUAUGAGCGACAAAAUGUAUUUCGGCUUUCAAUUCUCUGAUCCACAGUACGCAACUGAGUUUAAUUCAUCUCUUUAUUUUAACGCAAAGGGUAUUUCAAAAUCAUACCUUGGUGAAUUAACCAUGCCCAAUAGGCAACCAUUAUUGGCUGAGCUAGAUUCAUGUGUUACUGAAGUUUUCCACACAGUUAAAUAUCAGAAUGAUGAAAUAUACAAGGAGUUCUUUGAACAAUUUUUUAAUGUAUAUUACGAUGAACAGUUCAAGUUUAUAAAUAGCGUUUUCAAGAAUUGGUUGACUACACUUAUUAAGGAAAACAGUCAGGUGCAUUUGACUACGGAAUUUAUCAAAACUAAUUACGGUCGAGUUGACAUCUAUUUUGAAACGUUGAAAGUAACAGAGAUGACAGACCAACCUCGAUAUCAGUGGUUUUCACUUAUAUGUGACCUUGGUGGUUUGCUUGGUCUUUUCUUUGGGGCAAGCAUAGUGGCCUUCGUCGAAGCUAUUGAUUUUUGGUGCAUUCAGUGUUGUCACUGGUGAAAAGAGCAUUAUUCAUCUAAAACUUAUAGAUAGUGAACAUGAUAUCAGAGUUAGCCUGUCAUCAAAGAUGUGUUCUUUAUACCACCUUCCUAUCAUAUUGUUGUUAUUGCUGAACCAAAAAAUAUCAGUUGAUUAGGAAUGUUACACAUAAUUUUAUUUUAAUACGCAGUGGAUGUUAGAUAGAUAGAUGUGUUUACAUGGUAUGGCAGGACGAAAGCUAAAAAUAUUGAAAGUUCAUUGGUUGUAAAUUCGAUACCAGCUUACUAAGCUUAUUAAUUUAGGCAUGACAACAAUAAAUAUUAGAUUAUGUCGGGCUUAAAAAAACAAAACAAAAAAACCCCAAAAAACAAAAAAGCAAAGAACAAAAAAAAAAACCAAAAAAACACCCAUAUAUUAUAUUUCAUCCUGUUGUUGUAGCACUGUGCAGCAGAAAUACAGUGAUGCUGUCGGAAUCAAGGGAGCCCCAGAAAAUAUAAACGUCACAUUAUGACCUUGGGAACUUCAUCCUCCGUUCGUAAACUAAUGGGAUAAUAAGCAUAUGAUAUGAAAAAAGAAAUGAAACUUGUGUUAUAUGUUUAGAUAUAUUAGAUGGAAAAGUAAGUAUUCUAGUACAGUGAGUGAGCAGCAAGAUAGAAAGCUAUCCAAUGUUUCAUAGGAUUAUGAAGGACUGGAGAAAUAAAGGGCUUGUAUACAUGGCAAAUACGAAAUAUAACAGCGUUAUUUUUGGAUGUGCCUUUAGUUUUAUAAUAUUAUGAAAAACUAAUACAUUAUCGUUAUGUUAGAUAGUUAAAUCAAAGAUUAUGUAGUGAAUAUAAUUGUAUAUUGUGAUAUAAUUUACUAUAUUAGCAUGCUAAAUGUUACUGCUGAGAUAGGACAUUAAAUCCAGUCAACGACUUUAAACUGUCAUGUGGUGCAUAACGUAGUUAA